AUACCACUUUCUUCUCUUCCUCUUCUUCUGUCCCUAUGUUCUUCUUCCUCCGCUAGUUCUACCCUCUUCUUCACUCCACACUCUUCUUCCCUCUCACCUUCCUAUUUCUCUUUCUCGGAGAGGGGAACACACCCAUGAAGAGGCUAGUAAUGAGUUCCGAGGUUAAAUUGUGGUUAAUGCCUUGGGUUUUCGUAGUGAAUUAUGUCAACCCUUUGUUGUCAAGAUCAAUUCUCGAAUCGAGAGGGAUCUCGCCGAAGUGAAUUUAGUGAAUAUUGGUCGGUGAUUGAUUGCACAGUGGUUGAUUGGUUGUGACAUUGUUUUCGUGUCUCUGAAAAAUGGGUCCAGAGAUUUCGUUCAUCAAUGUUUAUGGUAACUGUGCUUUUACUCAUAGUAUUAAGCACUGGUGUGGGAGGUCAAGAUGAUCAUGGACCGUGUAAACAGAAAGUGUUGAAUCCUAGGCCUCACAGUGUGUCGAUCUUGGAGUUUGGGGCAGUUGGAGAUGGAAAAACAUUGAACACAGUUGCAUUCCAAAAUGCAGUUUUUUAUGCCAAGUCAUUUGCCGACAAAGGUGGUGCUCAAUUAUUUGUUCCAUCUGGGAAAUGGCUUACCGGAAGUUUUAACCUUACCAGCCACCUCACUCUCUUCCUUGAAAGAGGCGCAACCAUCAUUGCAUCGCAGGAUUAUGCACACUGGCCUGCAGUGGAUCCCCUACCCUCGUAUGGUCGGGGAAUUGAUGUUCCAGGUGGGAGAUAUAGCAGUUUGAUUUAUGGACGCAACUUAAGUGAUGUGGUGAUUACAGGUGACAAUGGAAUUAUUGAUGGGCAGGGUUCUGUUUGGUGGGACCUAAUCAGAACUCAUUCCUUAAACCACAGCAGACCACAUAUUAUAGAACUGGUUAAUUCUGAUGAUAUCGUAAUCUCAAAUUUGACCCUUUUAAACUCUCCUGCCUCGAGCAUUCAUCCAGUGUAUUGCAGCAAUGUCAGAAUCCAAAACAUAACAGCUCAUGCACCACCCGAGUUCCCUUACACAAGUGGUAUAGUUCCAGAUUCUUCCGAGCACGUUUGCAUUGACAACAGCAAUAUUAGCACCGGUCAUGAUGCAAUUGUGCUGAAGAGUGGUUGGGAUCAAUAUGGAGUUGCUUAUGGCAAACCAACCUCGAAUGUCCACAUCAAGGGUGUUUAUCUGCAAUCAUCAUCUGGUGCUGGCCUAGCAUUUGGGAGCGAGAUGUCCGGAGGCAUAUCUGGUAUAACAGCUGAGCAUCUCUAUAUUAUAAACUCGACCAUUGGCAUUGAAUUGAAGACAACUAGAGGUCGAGGUGGCUAUAUGAGAAACAUCUCCAUUUCUAGCACAACAUUGGAAAAUAUUUACUUGGGUAUUAGCAUGACAGGAUUCUCUGGGUCUCAUCCCGAUGACAAGUAUGAUCCUAAUGCAGUUCCGGUCGUUGGUAAUGUUACUUUUGAGAAUGUGAUUGGUGCAAAUGUUGCUAUUGCUGGGAAUUUUUCAGGAAUAGUUGAUUCACCCUUCACUCCUAUAUUCCUUUCAAAUGUGGUUUUUUCUACCGGUUCUGAGUCAUUUUCUCCAUGGUUUUGUUCUAAUGUAAAUGGAGUCUCUAAGGAGGUGUUUCCCGAGCCAUGUCCUGACCUGCAGAACACGCUGUCAAACUUUUCGUCCAUCUUUUCUUCUCUACAUCCAUCGUACAGUUAUGUCUCAAGCGCAUGAGAAACCAUCUCUAAGAAUCUAGUCAUUCCUUUGAUUCAACCUGUACAUGAGACACAGCAUUCAUAUUCCAUCAGGAACUUCAUUACAAUUUUCCAAUAAAAGCAAAUUCUUGAUGUAAAGAUGUUCUUUCUCUUCAACAUUUCAAUGAACCUUCCUCUUGUCUGUGCAUGAAAUGUCCGUCUAGAGUGGUGUCAAUUCUGAAUAUUCUAUUUAUGUACAGCCUCGAUUUCUUCAUUCAUGUAAAAGAAAUUUUUGAUGUUGGUGUACAGCCCAAGACGCUACUUUCUUUCAACUCACCGUGUAUAAUAUGGAGUGCUACAUGGUUUUCUUGUUCAUAGCAGGCCAUUGUGAGGGUGUUGGUGUGCUGGUUUUGACAAAACUAAGGUUUUCUUUGCAUAGUUCUCUUUAUGUUAGACCACUGGAUUAAUCAUAUUUAUUCAUUGUUUCUUGAUA